AUGUUGAAAUUUGUGUGCCUAUUCGCGUUGGUGGCCUCAACGGCCGCUGCAGCCUCCGAGGCGGACAGUCUGCUGACGAGCGCCUUGAAAAUGGUCAAAGAUUGUGGCGAACGCUCGAUGGUCUUGUGCAUGAAGGAACGUGCAUUGCAUUAUUUUGAUACCGAAAAUGGUGAUGUACGUCUCACCGAGGGCAUUUCAUUAGUGAAGACCGACGAGAUACCUGUUGGUCGUGCCCUCAACGAUGUCACGUUGCCGGAGGAGGCAGAGGCUCGCGAGUCUGAGGUCGAUUCGUUGCUGGUGGAGCGUGUGGCACGAUUCUUUGGCACGCACACACUGCAAUUCAAGGUGCCAAAGGACUCCAUACAGGACAUGCAGCGAGCACUCGAGGAAUCGCGCGGCAAGAAGAAGGAGAAGAAGAAGUAUUUGAUGCCACUGCUGUUGCUCUUCAAGCUUAAAAUGGCCGCCCUGUUGCCCUUGGCCAUUGGUUUCCUGGCUCUGAUCUCGUUCAAGGCUCUGGUAAUUGGCAAGAUUGCGCUACUUCUCUCCGGCAUCAUUGGCCUGAAGAAGCUGCUGGAGUCGAAGAAGGAGAACUACGAGGUCGUCGCGCAUCCACACUACGAGCACGAGCACAGCUAUGGACGUGCGCUGCAUGGCGACGCCCAGAAAUUGGCCUACGCGGCGUAUAAGCAGUAA